CAAAUGUACUUCACGUCUUCGAUAUACAGUACAGUUCAUCACUUUCGUAAACCGACGCCAAAAUUGAUCCUUUCCUUCCUCUAACGCCACACACAAAAAAAAAAAAAAUGGCAGAGACCGCCGAUACAAUCAACACCACGACCUCACCACCACAAUCUGAAUCCGACGGCUCCUCAACAUUGUCAGCAAUGGCAGAUCCAACAUCGCAAGAAGCCGCAUCAAAAGACACAGAUCUGACUACGAAAGGAUCCGAAUCAGAGAAGAAACCUGGAGGCAUCUCUCUCCGAAUCUGGCCACCGACUCAGAGAACUCGCGACGCGGUCUUGAAUCGCUUGAUCGAGACUCUAUCAACCGAGUCUAUCCUCUCCAAGAGAUACGGUACGGUUAAAUCUGAUGAGGCCGCAACCGUCGCGAAAUCGAUUGAAGAAGAGGCUUACGGUGUUGCUUCGAACGCUGUGUCGGGUGAUGAUGAUGGGGUUAAGAUUCUCGAGCUUUAUUCUAAAGAGAUUAGUAAACGUAUGCUUGAAUCUGUGAAAGCUCGAUCUGAUAAUGCUAGCAGUGUUGGGAAUGGAACUGAAUCUGUUGAGGAUGCUUCUGAGGUUUCUAAAGGUGAUGCUCCUUCUGUCUCUGAGGAGGAGAAGAGUGAGGCUUGAGAAAUUUGGUUCUAAGGUUUUGCUUUUCUUACUAGAUCUGUGUUUUUGUAAUGAUGAUAUUGACUUGUGGAUUUGGUUACUACUAUGCCUAUUUGAAGAUGUCUUCUUCUUCCCUUAAUAUGAGUGAGAUGUGUCUUCAUUUUGUUGCUUUGGUUUAUGAGAUUUGAUGAUACUUGGCAAAUUAUGCAUCUUUUGUUGGUAAAAUUGAUUUCCUUUUCU